GACCUUCUUGUUCUCAACAAAGAUUCUCUGCGUCCGCACUACCGGCUCGGCGACGGCGACUUCAGUUGCAGAGAUGAUCGCUGCCUGGGACACAACGGGUUCGAUCUCGGGAGCAGCUGCUUCAAUAGUCAGAAGGACGACUGGUUUCGGGAUCUCGUCUUACCGGAAGUGUCGCUUGCGCUGAAGAACGUAGAUCGGCUGGUGGAGGCACAAUAUGUGCGAGGUGGGAUCGAGGGACUGGUCGUGGCGAUAGUCACCAGCCGGGACGGAGCGAUCUAUGAACGCGUGAUCUGCCCUCUCAAAGCAAACGAGACGGAUAUGGAAAAACCGGGACACGUUGACAGACAUAGCAUCUUCCGUUUGGCGUCUGGCUCCAAGCUUUUCGCAGCGUUGGAGACGUGGGUCUUACGAGAAAGGGGUGCUCUCAACCUGGACGACCCGGUACACAAGUUCUUUCCUGACUUGAACUAUCUCCCAGAUGGGUGGGGCGGGACCAAGGACGGUCGGAUGGCUUCAGGCCCGGUAACUGUCCGGCAGCUCGCAAGCCACAUGUCUGAUCUCACGCGCAUGGGUCCACCGCCCAACAACGGCCGCGGGUUUCCAACCACGGAGGAGAUGAUCGACGGGCUCAAGAUGCUGCCGCUCAAUGUCCCGACCUACCACUGUCCAGUGUACUCGAACGUCGCAAUCGGGCUGUUGGGGCAAGUCAACGUCGCAGCCAAUGGAGCCUUUGUAGCCGACCCCACGACACUCCGAAGUCUUGGCCGGAACUUGCCCAACGAGAUCUGUUCAACCCGCUCCGGAGAACAGAGCCCACGUAGCUGUCGCUUCUCAGUUCAGGGAAGAAGUGGUGUAUUACGACUUUUUGGCUAUCAUGGCUUGUUCUGGCGGACAGAUGAGCUCGCGGUCGGACUACGUCAAGCUCAUGCAAACCUUUCUUGGCCCAACUCGUCCCGAGAGCCUCCUCCCUCCGUGGGUCAUACGAGAGUGGAUGCGACCCCCGUAUGGCUGAUGGGCGGACGAAUCAUUGGAGAUUGGAAUGCUGUGGGAGAUCGAGAAGAUCUGGGAUUCGUACAACCGCCCACGGUGCAUUUUUCAAAAACUGCGUUUGCGAUCAACCAGGACAUGGCCUACGGGAUCGCAGUCCUCAUGACUGGAACGACACCUAUCAACGAUCUCGUCCUGGACAUCUUUCGGGCAAUGCAGCCGAUUCUGGAUCGGUCACUUGCGGCGGAUGCCGCUGAGCUGUAUUCUGGCGCAUGCACUCCGAUCGACGGUAGCGACGAGUCGAAACUGCUGAUCACAGUCAUGGCUGGAUCGCUCUGGAUGACCGAGCUGCGGCUCAAAGGUACUGGCGUUCUCGGCGUGGCUUUCCCAACUCCAGAGCCAAUCGCCCUCUCGUCCACGGGUCGUUUACACGAGUUUCGCAUGGUGUUUGCCUCGCCGUCGAAGAACUGCAUAUCUUCUUGGACUGCGAUUGACGAUGGGUUCUCGCAGGGCCACCCGAACGACCUUGUUUAUCUCACGGACGAUGGCCUGCUCCACAUCCCGUCGUUUGGCAGUCUUUGAGCGCCAGUAAGGAUUACAGAAUCUAUAUACUACGUCGAAAAGAACGCCAUCU